CUGUUGCGUGUUCAUAGAUAUCGAGGUGCGCGUGCAGUAGCAGUGUUUAUUAUAGUCCAUACCUGUGUUGUUUAUCAUGAAGAAUAUGACGUUCAGACGUGUUAAGGACAGCGGUGACAUUUACUUUUCAUCCUCUAAAUCGGAUAGUUAUAAAAGCAUGGAUUUCCCAUCGGUCUCAUCGGAUGUUUAUGAUUAUAAAACCCUGACUUAUUCCGGAGGGACGCUGCCGAGAAACUUUAAGAAGAACGCAGGACUGCAGAAGUGGAAGCCCCUCACGCUGCCACCAGAGCCUGAAAGGAAAACGGUCCUCUUGGAGAAGAAAGAGGACGAAUCGUUCGGCUUUGAGCUUCAGACGUACGGGCUGCACCACCAGGAUGAAAACUCUGUGGAGUUGUGCACGUUCGUCUGCAAAGUCCACGAGGACAGUCCGGCGAAACUCGCCGGUCUUAAAGUUGGCGACACCAUCGCCAGCAUCAACGAAACCUCCGUGGAAGGAUUCCGCCACAGGGACAUCGUCCAGCUCAUCAGAUCGUCCGGAGACAGCGUGAGGUUGGAGAUGGUGUACAGUGACACUAUAAGGAAAGCAGAACUUGAAGCCCGCCUGCAGUUUUUAAAGCAAAGCCUGCAUGAGAAGUGGGACGAGUACAGAUCUCUGAUGGUGCAGGAGCAGAGACUCGUCCACGGCAUCGUGAUGAGCGACGUAGCCGUGUACGAGUCCCUGGAGUCGGCCGGGUUGUACGGCAGCCUGGGCACUCCGAGCCCCCUGUCCGCUCGCUCGCUCCGUCUCACGGGCAGCACCAACAGCAGCGCCAGCCACCUGAGCGAGGACGACCCGCUCUACCAGACCUGCAUCUACCAACCCGGCAACAGCAAAGCAGACGGCGAUGACGUCAGCGACGGCUCCGUCACCCUCGAGGACAAACCUCAGCGCACACGUAACCGGCUGCUCCGGCCCACAAGCGAAUUCUUCGCCUCGGCCAAGACGUCGCUGACCCGCAGCGCUAGCACACGCAGCUACCUGAGGGGCUCUUCAUCGGCGGCACCGUCUUCGUCGGCGGCGCCUGCCGAAGAAAAGCAGCAGAGUGGUGCUUUCAGUUCGCUGCAGAGGAAACCUAAACGCACAAGCAUCAGACGCAGGCUGCUCAAAUACAUCCCCGGUCUGAACCGAGCUCUAGAGGAGGAGGAGAGCAAACUGUAAUCCACUCAGCAAAAAAAAAACUCUCACACACAGAGCCAAAGACUGCAGACCAGACACCAGGAACGUGCCUUUGUAUCAUAAAACCUGACACCGAGUCGUAUUAGAAAACCAGUUAACUGUUACAGUAUGAAUUAACUGCUCGAUGAAUAACCAGAACUGAGAAUUUUUCCCUGACUGUAAAUACGAGUUAGUUGAAGUUGCGUUUUGUUGUACUGGACAAUUCCUGAUGGUAUUAUACGGUCAGAAAGCCGACAUUUCCCAUGUCUUAUUUUCGGACGUGCAUCACGUAGGACGAGAGGCGUAUCGAUGAGUCGUCUAAGACACGCAAACACCCAAAGUCCAAGAAGAAAUAACAAAAGUUUGGGACCAAAACUCCCAGUGUGCAACACCAAAGCAAGCACAGAGUGUUAGUGUCUGUGUGUUUUCAGUACUGCUACUUUGUG